AUGUAUGCUUUCGAAAAGAAGCUGGCUACUUUGGACAAGAUGACGGAGUCGUCGAAAGUUGUUAUCCAGCAACUCGAAGUGGAGUUGGUGAAACAACAGAAUAAGUUGAAGGAAAUCGAGUCGGCACUUGAGAAGUCUUCCCAGGUGAAAGUCGUCGAAGCAGAGGAUCCCGCGGAAGCUAAGGAACGUCGACGAUCGGUUGUGCUGCUGAACGUCCCCGAAUCUAAAUCUUACUUCCAGCAUGAAAGAAAUCUUCUAGAUGUCACCUCGAUCAAUCUCCUGUUUCGUCAUCUUAAUCUAGGUUGUCAACCAGUGGCACUUUACCGAAUGGGAAAAGAACGAACUGAUGGGAAACCGCGUCUCCUCAAGUUAGUUUUGCCGAGCAGUCAAAUGCAAAGAGAGUUGCUGAAAGUAGCUCCUCAGCUCAAGUCUUUUGAUACGAGAGGGCAUCCACCGGUCUAUGUCCGCAGAAGUAUGAGCAAACUGGAGCUAGAAGCGUUUCGUGAGGAAAGAAAGAAAACUAAACAGUCGCAAGAUAUCCCACGUGUUGCUAAUUCCGAAGAAAUGAUAAUUGACCCCCCUGCUAGUUCUCCUGUUAUCGUGACCCCAGCCCCAAAAAACUAA